UUGUUAGGAUCGGCUCGUUUCACCUCCCCGUCAGACCGAUGGUGGUGUUCCAAUCGCCCGGGGAAGGGCUGGCACCGCACGUGGUGGCCGCCGUGGCCGGGGAAGGCGCCGUACUGCUUCACCUUCGCCGCCUUCAGAUGCAAGUCCUCCUAUCCGGCAACAUCUUCGGGGGAGAUUGGGACGAGGCGCAGCCUCUGCUGCCUAUUCUGCAUCCAUGAACACAGAGGAUGUUGAACAAUUGGACGAGGAAUCUGGGGAGGAUCAUCAUGUUGAUCUGUUUGACUAUGUUGAUGACUGGUUUCAGAAGAGGAAAAGGAUAAGAAGAGAAUUUGUUGCAUUGGGUGCUUUCCUCGGUAUGUACUAUUAUGCCACACAUUUGAAUAGAUCAGAAUAUAGAGUACCAACAGAAUCAGGAUAUGAAUGGGUUAUCAAAACUUUAGGAAAUAGAACAUCUUGUCACAACAUGUUCAGGAUGAAUAGGAAUGUUUUUGAUAGGCUUCAUAAUGUCCUUGUACAGUCUUAUGGAUUAAAGUCUACUAGGAGAAUGACAUCAGUAGAGUCUUUAGCUUUAUUCCUGUGGAUGUGUGGUGCCCCCCAAAGCAUGAGGCAAGCCGAAGACCGUUUUGUUAGGUCUACUUGCACAAUUAGUAGGAAGUUCAACAAAGUAUUACACAGCAUUUGCAAACUAGCAGGGGAUAUCAUUAGACCAGUUGACCCAACAUUCAGUACUGUGCAUCCGAAGUUGAGGUCAGCACGGUUCUCUCCAUACUUUGACAAUUGCAUUGGGGCUAUAGAUGGGACACACGUGCCUGUUGUUGUGCCAGCAGAUAAGGCUGUCCAACAUACGGGACGACAUGGGUACACUAGUCAGAAUGUGUUAGCCAUAUGUGACUUCGACAUGAGAUUUACCUUUGUCGUCGCGGGAUGGCCUGGAUCGGUUCAUGACAUGAGAGUCUUCAAAGAUGCAUUGGACAAGUAUGGCGAUAAAUUUCCACACCCCCCUGAAGGGAAGUUUUAUCUUGUCGACUCUGGAUACGCAAACCGUAUUGGGUAUCUUGCCCCGUACAAGGGUACGAAAUAUCAUCUACCAGAAUUUCGAGCCGGACGAAUUCCCAGAGGUAAAAAGGAGCAUUUCAAUUAUGCACAUUCAUCAUUAAGAAAUGUCAUCGAGAGGUCAUUUGGGGUGUUGAAGAACAAAUGGCGUAUUCUGCGCGAUUUACCAUCUUAUCCAAUGGCAAAGCAAAGUCAAAUAAUUAUUGCUUGCAUGGCAAUUCAUAAUUUCAUUAGAGAGAGUGCUAUUGGUGAUGUUGAUUUUGAUAAUGCGGAUGAUGAAGAAAACGAUGCUACACCUUCUGAAGGACCAUCAUCUCAAGCAAAUGAAGGUGCUACCCAACAUGAAUAUGAAGAUCAAAGCAUGAACCAGUUUCGGGAUUGGAUAGCCGAUGGAUUGUUCAAUAGGUCAUAGGAUCCUUUACUUUUUUGUUGUAAUAAUGUAAUUUUUGGGAUGCACAAUAAUUUUUUGAUUCAAUAAAAAAAAAUAGCUGCCAGCAUCGUGGCAUUCCAUUUUA